UAUUACGUUCCACGCCCCCCCAAGACUAAGCAGAAUCCAAAAGGAAAAUUGUUCAACAAAUUUAAGAACAAUUUGAGGAAAUAUAAGCAAGCUGUGCAAAAUAAGGAUGCAGUUGAAGAUAGGGAGGAAGAUGAUAAUACCGACAAUGGAGAAGCAGUACGAGAUAUCUCAGAUCUUCUUAUGGAAAAUGUUGAAUGGUUGAAAAGCCACUGCGAUCCUUGGGAUGAGGUGAUUUCCAAGUGGAAAGCAACUUCAGUUUGGAGAGUGGAAAGUAUCAAAAAAGAUUCUGAGUCAUCUCUAGCAUUUAUACUGGAUGCAUGGCCAGGCUUCAAAGAUCCUCGAGGGUUUGACUUGGUGGAUAUUGAUUUUGAGACCAUGUUCCCUCAAGUUGAAGAAUCUCCCUCUGAGAAAUUUGCGCAACUUAAAAAGAAGCUGAUACCGCUUUUUGGAAUGGAAAUCAAAGAUAAAUACAGUAAAGGACUUCUUAAAAAACUUGGCGAUUCAAGCACAAACGAAGACUCGCAAGGAUGCAUUACGAGUUUGCUUAUCAACGCUCUAAUCCUUCCUGAUCGUGAGUGCGGAAACAAGAAGCCCACAAUUGCAGAUGCCCAACGUCAGAUGGGUUUCCGAGUGAAUUCCAGAAAAGAAUUGGAGGAACUUAUAAGUCAACAGAACAACGAUUUGAAAAUCAUUGCUGUCGGUCAGGAUCUCACAGCCAUCACUGAAGUGUAUGUCAAUUGCGGACCAAUUUUUUACAAGAUGUCAUCAUACUCAAGAGCCAUGGAACUCCUUAUAAAGCUGAGUCUUCUACUUCAUAUUGACUAUCCCAGAAAAUGCAGAUAUGCUUGGAAAGUUCUAGAAGGGUUUUGUUUUAGUCAUGCUACCGAAAGGGUGUAUGACCCAAAAGUACAAAAUUUGCUCAAUAAGCUCAGUUAAAUUGAAACAAGAUGCAUCUUGAAUAUUUCAUCUGCAAGAUUCAAUUGAAGGAAGAAAAUCAGCUUUUUAUUCAUUUAAGAAAAAAUCACAAGACACCAACUGAUUAUGACUAUAAGUGUAUGGACCGAAAUUGCAAUCAAGUCUUCCAAAACUAUUUCAGGUAUCGUACCCAUAUUAAAAA